AUGUCUCAGGCAAUCUCCCAAACUGUGAAACAAUGGACAGUCAUUGGCCAGGUUGGUUUAGAUUCCCUAAAAUUCAGUGAAGAGGAGCUCGUGUCCACACUGGGAGAUAAUCAAGUGCUCGUUAAAAUCCAAGGAGCGUCUUUAAACUUUCGCGAUAUUACCAUCGCCCAAGGUAAAUACCCCUGGUCCGUCAAACCGAAUGUCAUACCGGGUUCUGACGGAGCCGGCACCGUCCUGGCAACCGGGAAGCACGUCACCCGCUUCCAACCCGGCGAUAAAGUAAUCACAAUGCUCAUUCAGCAACAUAUAGCGGGCUCCAUUACCCGUGAAACCAUGAAGUAUGGGAUUGGUGCUUCAGUCGACGGAACCCUACGCUCGAUCGGUGCCUUUGAUGAACAAGGGCUCGUGCGGAUGCCCGAAGGACUAAGCUUUGUAGAGGCGGCAACCUUGAGCUGCGCGGGACUCACUGCAUGGAAUGCCCUGUUCGGACUACCUGGGAAGUUACUGACGGCCGGACAGUGGGUUCUGACGCAGGGAACAGGUGGUGUGAGUAUCUUUGCCGUACAGUUUGCAAAGGCAGUCGGUGCUAGAGUUAUUGCCACCACUAGUUCCCCGGAGAAAGCGAAGUUACUGAAAAGGCUUGGGGCAGAUCACAUCAUCAAUUACCGGGAAGUGGUGGAUUGGGGCACCAAGGCGCGAGAGUUGACCGGCGGGGAUGGAGUGGACAUGGUGGUGGAGGUUGCUGGACCCAGUACCAUGCGACAGAGUGUUGAGAGUGUUAAACUGGAUGGCUUAAUCAGCGUGGUUGGCUUUGUUGGAGGUGAAGGGGAUGGAAUGCCGUCCCUGCUGGAUACAUGGAUGAGACUCUUCACGGCAAGGGGACUGUGGGUUGGGAGUCGCACGCAGAUGGAAGAGAUGUGCAGGGCAAUUGAGGCGAAUUUGGAUCAAUUACGACCUGUGGUGGAUCGUGUGUUUCCAUUAGAACAGGCUAAGGAGGCCUAUAGAUAUAUGCUCAUAGGGAACUAUCAAGGCAAGAUUGGAAUUGAAAUUGCUUGA